AUGGUGGGCGAGUGGGUCGAGCGUGAGGCGCUCUCGACUGGGCUGGGAAUAGCGAGCAUCUGCGUCUGGCUGUUCGCUCAGUCGCCGCAGGUUAUUCAGAACUGGCGGUCUGGGAGCGUGGAGGGUCUUGCCCUCCCUUUCCUCGUCAGCUGGUUCGCAGGGGACUUUACGAACCUCCUCGGCUGCAUCCUCACCCACCAGCUCCCCUUCCAGACGUACCUCGCCGCCUACUUCAUCCUCGUGGAUGUCGUGCUCUGCGGCCAAUUCGUCUACUACUCUCGACUACACCCCGCACCGUACCUCCCGCCUCUCUCGGAGGAGUACCCUCAUGUUCACGCUCCUUCGCCUCACGCCUCCUUGAUCCGCCAGGGCCGUCGCUCGACGUCGAGGAAGGGUCGCACGCGCGGCUCGAAGACGCGGUUAUUGCGGUCCAGCUCACACGAUGAGGAGAACGACCCGAUGAUGCUGAGCUGGACGAGCGACUCGUCCGCUCGAACGCCUACUUCGCCGCAGAUGUCGACUCGACCUUUCCCCUCCCGCUCUUCGACCUCGCAUUCCAUUCCGUCUAUUCCUUCGACUGCACCGCCGAGCGUCCCGCCUUCUCCCACCGCUCCCGAGCGAGGUCGGACUCUCCAGCGCUCCGCCUUGCGAACCUUCGACCCGACUCUCACGACAAUCGCAGGUUCGCCCGCGUCGUACGGCGCCUACAUGCCCCCGCAGAGCAUUCACGCGAGUCACGUCUCGUUCAACCGCGAGCCAGAACCGCUCGGGCCGGCACGGGACGUCGAGGAGGAAGUGACGGAGGUGCCGCGGCAUACUCGGCAGCGGACGUCGAGCAGCCGAAGUCGACCACCUGCGCCGUCCAGACGGAGCACGUCGGUGGUCUUCUUGUCCAUCGGGGCGCUCGUGACGCUCGGGCAGAUGGGCGGCGGUCCUGCGAUCGGACCGAUGGAAGUUGGCCAGGCGCGAGCGUGGAGUUCAGGCGCAUCUCGUGCAGGGCGUAACAGUACUGUCGCGGCGGUCGAUGAAGUCCGACGGAGCGAAGUGGGAGGUCUGCAUCACCCCGCCUUCUUUUCGUCGCCACCUCCCCUCCCCUCGACUGCUGCUCCCGUCAACUCGCGCGCCCAACGUUCGACCUUCCCCCUCGACGUCUCCGCCCCGAUGGCUUCUGCUGAGCCGCACAUCUCGAAUGCUCGACAGCUUCCGGACGACAACAACGACGAAGACUUGCCCCCGCCUCGCUCCCGGAACUGGGAACGCUUCAUCGGCCGAGCCAGCGCAUGGCUUUGUACGACAGCCUACCUUACGUCUCGCCUUCCGCAGAUCUGGCAGAACUUCCGCCGCCGCUCCGUCGAAGGCCUCGCCAUGGCCCUCUUCCUCUUCGCCUUCGUGGGCAACUCACUCUACGUCGCUUCAAUCCUUACCAACCCUCUCUCGUCCACCCCCGGCUUCCUCCUCGAGUCGAUGCCUUACCUACUCGGCUCCGGCGGAACCCUCUGCUUCGACCUCGUCAUCCUGACUCAGAGUCGACUGUACUCGGAGAAGCGGAAGGCUCGGCGCGAGCGGGAUAGGAAGAGGCGGUUUGCGCGGACGCUAGAGGCGGAGGAAGAGGCGGCGCUCCUCCAUGCAGACGAGGACGGCGAGACCGACACCGAGACGGGCUCUCGGCCACGGCGAUCUGCGCACCAGAGUCGCUCGCUGAGCGGCAAGCGGAGCAGGAGCACCAGCACGCUCGGAUACGGACGCUCGAUGAGCUCGGGCGGGAGGAGCGGGCGGACGCUCUCGUCCUCUCGACGAAGCGACUCGACGGAGAUGAUCGCUGGCAGCAGGAGCCACCGAGCCCUCUCGCGGGCUGAGCAAGGCCUGCUCGACGACGAUCCUUUCUCGUGGGACACCCGAGAUGGAGAAGCGGGAGGAGGGCGGAGUCGCGGGACGUCGAGGUCGGCGUCGGUUCACGAGACGAUAGAUGAGGCGGGAGAGUCGAGCGUGACGAUCGCAGACGUGUAG